AGCUCUCCGUGGUGCUGAAAGCAGAAAAACACAUCCAGUCUCCAGUUACAGUGCAGCUGCAAAGGGAAGGCAGGCGAGAGACACGAGGAAAAAAAACAUAAAACGACUACAUGGAGAAAGAGACUGGGGUAUGAGUACUUAUGAAGAUGAGUUGAAAAGCGCACAGCGAGAGAAGCAGGGGGGUAAGAAAAGGAAGGGGAGAGACAGCGAGAGUGGAUGACGCUCCAGUAGAAGGCGGCUACAGUAGGCAGUGGGCGUGUUCUUCUUGUUGUGAUCUAUAGUUGGGAAGCCCGGUGUCAUCUGCUUAAGCACAGACCGACUGUACAGACCUGUGUGGACGAGCAGGACGGAGCCGGCAGGGAAUGUCAUAACUGGAAACGCACACCACUCUGCUUUACCUCGGUCUCAGGCUUCAGGGUACUGUGGAUGAGGAUUCCUUUCACCUGCAUGACACUCUGAGACAUUUUGUGCAUUCUGACAUAUGAAAGCAGAAGGAGAGGCUUUCUGGGAAAGAAGCUUUAGAAAGAUUGUGAGUUCCUGGUCGGCAACUGUAAGGGGAGUCUUGAUGUGAGUGUGUUAGUGUGUAUUUGUGUCAUGCUUGCGGUCGCGGGUGCGGUCUGUUGCUACGCUGCGUCUUCCUUCUGUCUUUAGCAUGUGCAGAUGUUUGGAGCAGUGAAGCUGGCACCUGGCUUGGAGUUUGGCACCAUCUGGACUGGAGGGGUCGCAUCUCCCUUUUGUGCCCAGGGGAGGGAGCAUUGGGCUGGGCACCCAAUGGCCUACCUCCCCUCUAGCACCAGCCUUAUCCUGGGUCACAGGGACUCCUUCUAACAAAUCAAUCAGUUGGACCAUACAAUGGAUGGAAGUCUAUGUGGAUUUAAGUGGAAUAGUGCACUGGUGCUCCAGCAUAGGUCAGAGUUCACUAGCGUGCACUGGACUCAUCGGGGGAAGACAGAAGACACGUUGGUGCACAAACCAGCAGGGACACAGCCCCAUUAAUGCUGUGGAAACACUUGAAGAAUGAUGAGCUCCAAAGAGGAGGAAACUCUCCGUUUUUUCCAGUAUGUUGAGGAGAAUGGGCUGAGAGCCUACAACGGCCUGGUAGCUCAGAACUUGGACCACGCCAGGAAUGAGAGAAAUAGGACAUUCCUGCAGGAAAAAAACGACAAGAAGAGAAAACAGGAGGAAGCCAUAAGGAGGAAUGACUUCCAGUGGAUGAGGAACUUGGGUCAAGAUUUUUGUCCAAUGAUGACGGGUGAGGACAUAGCAACUGAAGGCAAGCACUUACGUAUGGGCUCAAUUACCAUGCCGGACCCCCAGGAACGUAUGCCAAUGCCCCACCCGCAUGCCCUUGCCUGUGGGCAGGGCUUCUCUGUACGCUCCCAGUCCCUUCACUCUGUCGGCGGUGGGAACAGUGGGGGCGGAGGAGAGGAGGAAGUGGGAAGCCCGACCUCUAGGAAGCAGCCCCCACCCAAGCCCAGGAGGGACCCGGCAACCAAGCUGAGCAUGUCAUCUGAGGCGGUGGACCACAGUCCUGUAUCCACCUGCCGUGGGGAGAGAUGUGAUGAGGCUCAAGGAUGCAGUGAGGACUGCAGGAGGGUGCCGCCACCCAAACCUAAGAGGAACCCCAACACACAACUGAGCGUUUCCUUUGAUGAGUCCUUCAUCAAGAGCCACGGAGGCGGUGGGGUUUGCUCCUCCAAACCCCUCCACCAUGUCACCUCCCCCUGCGAACGCAACCCCUCGCCUCCACAGAGUGAUGAGAGCCCUACAGACGACUGUGAAGAUGAACCUGUCUACAUAGAGAUGGGCGGGAUUGAUGUCGGAUCACGAGAACCCCUGAAGAGUGAGGACGAGGAGCCGGGAGAGUCUGUGUACGAGGAGAUGAAGUACCCAGCUCUGGAUGAUAUGGAGUACCGCACUGACCCUGUGGGUUGUCGCUCCGCAUGCCCCACCCCGGCACCCUAUGACCCUGAACCUCUCAGUCGCUGCUCCACACCUCGAAACAUUCCCCUCUGUGACAUUCCUGCACCCUUUCCCAAUUUACUUACCCAUCGGCCUCCGCUGCUGGUGUUCCCACCGGCGCCAGCCCAGUGCUCGCCCAACUCAGACGAGUCUCCCCUCACCCCUCUAGAUGUUACCAAAUUGCCCAUGCUGGAGAACCAGUCCUACAGCAAAUCUCCAACAUCCUCCACCGAGCCACCCUCCUCUGCACAUAUCCGCAGGGAGCUCACUGCCACCCCAACCCUCACCGUCUCUGGCCGCUCCUCUGCGCCCCCUCUACCCUGCACCCUCUACAAAUCCUCCUCCUCAUCCUCCUAUCAGCGCAGCCACUCUGCUUGUCCAUCGCCGGUCAGCAUGGGCCGCUGCCUCACCCCUCUCAGCCUCAUGCGUACGCCUCCCUUUGACGCUCCUAUGCCAUUCCCCGGAGGUCUGCCGCGGAGUGCCUCUGCCACCCCUCACGGCAAAGGCUCGCCACCUCAAGACGGUGUGGGUCGACUUCACGGCUCUAUGCAGAAUGUGUCAACAGGGCGUUCACGGACACCCACCAGCCCGCUAGAUGAACUAACCAACCUGUUCACCACAGGCAGGAACAUGCUGAAGAAAAAUGCCAGUGGCAGGAAGUCUAAAGAGCCUGGAGAGACGGAUUCCAAAAGCAAGUCUCACAGUGAUUCCAAACGUGAAGGCAAGGAGCGCCACAGUCACGGCAAGGAGUCCAAGCGAGACAAGGAUCGCCACAGCAAAGAGUCCUCUCACCGGAGAGACAGAGACAAAGACAAAGAUAAAGAGAAGGAUAAAGACAGAGAAAAAGACAGAGAUAAAGACAGAGACAAACACAGAGACAAAGACAGAGAUAAAGACAGAGACAAAGACAAAGACAGAGACAAACACAGAGACAAAGACAGAGAUAAAGACAGAGAAAGAGGGAGCAGCAAUGUAGAGCCACUGCCCCACAGACGCAACAGUAAAGACCGUACUUGUAGCGGUGUAGAUGCACCACCUGUUCGCAGGGACAGCAGGGACAGCAGGGACAGCAGGGACAGCAGGGACCAAGGCUGCAGCAGCGUAGAGCCGAUCUCAUUGAUAAGAAGAGACUCCAAGGACAGAGGCAUUAGCAAUGGUGACCUGAUGCCUAGGAGAGACAGCAAAGAUCGGAGCGGGGGACAUGGAAUGGAGUCUUUGCUGAGACAGGACAGCAAAGACAGAGAGAGGCUGCUAGAUCAGCCACCUGAGCUGUUACCAAGACAAGACAGCAAGGAAAGGGCAAGAAACAGUGUAGACUUUAGACAGGAAAGCAGAGAGAGACUGCUGGACCAGCCACCUGAGCUCUUACCACGACAGGAUAUCAAAGAGAGAGCCAGGAACGGUGUGGACUCAAAACAUGAAAGCAGAGACAGGCCACCUGAGCUUCUACCCCGACAAGAAAGCAAAGACAGAGCCAGAACUGGAGCAGAAAAGAAAGACCAUCGUCCUGAUUUGUUACCCCAGCAGGAUGGCAAAGAGAGAGUAAGAAACGACAUGGAACACAGACAUGAAGGUAGAAUAGACCAGCCACCUGAGAUCAUACCCCGACAAGAAACGUCCAGAAGCAGCAACAGCAAGGACAGGGUUGGCUACGGCUCUGAAUCCAAGCACGAGGGGAGAGAUCGCAGCUGCCACAACGGAGGAGAUCUUCCUCCUUCUCCCCUGCCCAGGCAGGACAGCAAAGAUCUAAGCCGAACUGGACUCGAAAUGAGACGUGACAGCAAGGACAGAAGCUUGAAUGGCUCAGAGCAGCAUCAUUAUGAUGUCAAGAGCACAAAGAGCCCUUCUGCAAUGGAGUAUAGGUGUGACAAUAAAGAACGAGGAUACCGAUCGGAUGGCACGCCCAGACGAGAUAAGACGAGAGUGAGUUACAGCAUGGACCAAUCAAAAGCACAAGAGAGGAAUGGCAGCACAGGGUUAGGGCAGCUUUCAUCCACAACGACACCUACUCACCACGGAAGAUCAUCGGGUAGCCCACCAAUGAACACAGGAACAGGAAAUGAUGUGAAAGUAGCACCUAAGUAUGGCCGCUCACCUUCUAUGCCUGCUAACCCCUCCCCAAUGGGAACCCCACAAAGGAGAGCAGCAGAGACGCAACAAAGUCAGAUGCCCCAGAUGCCAUGGAUCUGUGGAGACACCACCAUGCUGGAACAGAUCGAGAGAAAACGCACCCUCUGCAUGGAGAUCCGCUCCAGACAACAUCCACACCUGCAGAGAUCUCUGGAGAGGCCUCCCCCUCCGGACAAGAACGAGGACAGGCACCAGGAGCGGAGUCAGUGCAAGCAAGAAAGUGCAUCUGUCCUCCCAGGCUGGGGGAAAAGCAGCGGGGCCAAAAAGAUCCGUCCUCCCCCUUACCCUACACAGACAACUGUGUUCUGGGACACUGCCAUCUGACAGUAACGACACACUUACACCUCCAUGCCACACAACCCCCAAUUACCCGCUCCCUCUUUCCUCUGGGUUGUGCUGAUUCUUCCCUGCAACAUCAGGGGGCGUCAGGACAGCCAAUAAGAGCACCGUGGGAUGAUUCUCGCUGAUGUCAAAGGACAAUGGUGGUUACCAUAGCAAUAUUUCUGCUCGUUCAGGUUGUCAUGUUUUCUUAUCAUCACUGGUGAUAUUUGAUAUUUUUCUAUUUCCCGUGAUUGGAUUCUUGUAAUAUAAUGAGUAGCAUAGAUAUUUGAUGAAUAGAUAUUUUCUAAAUGAUGGGGAUUAAAAAACAGCUUAAAUGAUGUAUAGUAGAUGUAGAUGCAAUCUAAUGUUUGUUUUUAUGUUAUUUUUUUGUUUCGGUUCUUUUACAUUUGAAAGCAUAAUCUAUCAAUAUUUGUACUGUAGUAGCAUAAUUUUCUUAUGCCCAACUCUUGUUUUGUGCUCAAAAGCACUAAAAUGAAUGGACUAUCCAAUUCUGUCUAUAUAUUACUUUACAUUUUCACUGUUGUAUUGUAAGUUGAGGAGUUAACGUCAACGUGCUUUAGAUUCCAGCGCCCUCCAUGCCUGGUCCAGUAUGUUCUAGAAUGUACAACAGUUAAUCCUAGAACACAAACAGGAAACUUUGUGUGCUUCAGUUUGUAUAUUACAGUAAGAAGCUGUGUAGUCACUACGUCAAAGCCUUUUGAAGCGGUUCAAUCGUUUUAUGGGAAAACCUGUUGGCUGGCAUAUUGUAGAGGACAGAGAAAGUGUGAAAUGUUUCUGCUGAAUUCUAAGAUACACUAUGAGGGUGGGUUGGGGAGGUAGUAAAUUAGAACAUACAUUAUUAACAGUAUAAUUUACAAAAACCAGCCAAAGCCUGUUAAAGCGAGAUAUGGGUGUGGUUGCACUUUGGACAGUUGGUUUUUUGAAAUGGGGUUGGCGGCAAUAGCUGGCAAGUACCAGCGCUCUUACUUUGCCAUGCACACUGCAAGCACCAUGACACAGUGUAAAUACUUUAUUCCAACGACCAGCCCGUACAAUCAACACCUGAGCUUUUAGAACAUUUCUUAAUUUUACUGCAGAUUAUAAUAGCCAUAUGCACUUGCUUAAGAAAUAACUUUCAAGAUUAUGCUUAUAUAUAUUUUUUUGAAAAUGUUAAAGGUAGCUCUGCCAUGUAAGUUUUAAUUUAUUGGCGGGGAGGUAAAGCCUCAGGAGGCUGGCUGUGUGCGACAUGCAGUCAUCGAUGAUUGGUUGUCUUUGACAAUAUUCCCAAUUCAAUUGGCUGGCAACCAUUUUAGAGAACAAAUCAUAUAAGGACCUAUAUUAUGGCAACAGCUCUACCCAGUCAAGCAGACAGGGGUUGCACACGGGCCUAUAAAUCUUUUAGGCUUUGUAAAAAAAAUAAAAAAUAAAACCUGCACUACUCAUCAUAUUCUAUUACAUUUAAUCAGGCUGAUUGCAUACAUGUCCCUCUCCCCCCUGCUCUCUCCCUCUACCUCAAAGUCCUACUUACAUCAUCUAAAUUGGUUCUCUUUAGCACAUUAAAAUGCAAUGUUGACAUUGCCAAAAUAGUAUGGGUUUGACAAAUGAGAUAGCCCUCCGAGUGGAGUGCAAGUGCAGUACAUCCCUCUCUGGUGAGAAUUAAUGCUACAGAGGUCCCUCUGUGUUGUACCUGUAUGUGUGUGUGAGGUAGAGAGCUGUGUGUGUUUUUGUGUGCCAAGCUACACUGUAUGCAAGUUGAAUCUUUAAAAAUGAUUGUUUUAAGACAUUCACUUUGCCCUAUCCAUGAUGUUGGUGGGUGGAGGUCGGAAAUGUAAUAAUGAUGAUGUACAAUCUUCUUGUGUGUAUAAACGUGCACUGUGAAAAGGUAGAGAGAGCACCGCACUGUCAGAGUCCUCUGUCUUAUUGCACUGAGUGUUCUCUUGUUUUGCGUAAUAAAAAAGAAAAGGAAAAAACAUGUUUGAGGAAAAAAGUACUGUAUUCUGAUUGUCACUUGGGUUCUGUUGAGAGAAAUAAAUAAAUAUGAACUUGAAACCCUCUAUGGAAAA